CUGCCAGCGAUCCCCCCCCCAUCCCCCGACAGAAGCAGAGGUGGCCUGCGGGUCUGGCUGGCCGUGCAUGCGACCUUUUUCGUUCCCCUACCGGUUCUUUAGGAUUGGAAAUCACAGCUGUUAAGGGCCUAGUCCAAGGCACUAGGGUGCCACCUACGCGCUGAUGCCCCGAGUGUUCACAGGGCUUCCAGCUAACCAUGCUGAACCUACCUCGGCUCUGCCUUUGCUACUACUAUUAUUGCUGGUGGUGUGGACCCAGCUACCCGUUAGCGCGAGGCCGUCCACAGGCCCAGAUUACCUGCGGCGAGGCUGGCUGAGGCUGCUAGCCGAGGGCGAGGGUUGUGCUCCCUGCCGGCCAGAAGAGUGCGCUGCGCCGCGGGGCUGCCUAGCAGGCCAGGUGCGGGAUGCGUGCGACUGCUGCUGGGAAUGCGCCAACCUGGAGGGCCAGCUCUGCGAUCUGGACCCCAGCGCUAACUUCUACGGGCGCUGCGGCGAGCAGCUCGAGUGCAGGCUGGACGCGGGCGGUGACCUGAGCCGAGGAGAGGUGCCGGAGCCGCUGUGUGUCUGCCGCUCGCAGCGUCCGCAGUGCGGUUCCGACGGCCGUACCUACCCGCAGAUCUGCCGCCUGCAGGAGGCCGCCCGCGCUCGGCCAGACGCUAACCUCACUGUGGUGCAUCCGGGGCCCUGCGAAUCCGAGCCCCAGAUCCUGUCGCAGCCUCACAAUAUCUGGAAUGUGACUGGACAGGAUGUGAUCUUCGGCUGUGAGGUGUUUGCCUACCCCAUGGCCUCGAUUGAGUGGAGGAAAGACGGCUUGGCCGUCCAGUUGCCCGGGGACGACCCCCACAUCUCUGUGCAGUUUAGGGGUGGACCUCAGAAGUUUGAGGUGACUGGCUGGCUACAGAUUCAGACUUUGCGCCCGAGUGAUGAGGGCACCUACCGCUGCCUUGCCCGCAACGCUUUGGGCCAAGUCGAAGCUUCUGCUACCCUCACAGUGCUCACGCUAGACCAGCUGAACGCCACAGGAUUCUCCCAGCUGCAAUCCUGGAGUUUGGUUCCUGAGGAGGAGGCAGAGAGUGAAGAGAUGGAGGACUACUACUAGUUCCAGAUCUCUGGUUUGCCGGUGUGGGUGUGUGGCUCUAGCACCGCACCCCUGCUGUUGAGAAAGGCUGGAAAGGGCGAGCAGUGUCCUUUCAUGGAGUUUAACGCUCAGUGUAGCCUUAGUUCACCGUUCCUCAAAACUCAUCUUCCAGAAGCUUCUGCGGUAGAGAUGAGUGCAGCGGAACUGAUUUAGUUCAGUACAGGGAGACGGGUGGGGCAGCUCCAUGCUUUAUUCCUUCUAGGGGACAAAAGCCACCUAGCGUACAACUAGACACAGUGGGCACCAAUAAAAAAAUUAUAAACAAACCAA